AAGUACAGAUUAGGACAACAUACUAAGAAGCAAAGUAGUUCUCAAGGAAAGACAGAUUUAAUUAUUUCAAGGAAUUCAUACUCAAGAUUCAGUCUUCACUGUUCAGAAGCGAGCACUAUUGGCACUGGUUUUGGAAACCAUGAUGUUGGAGAUGCUCCACUCUCAGAGGCAAUAAAAAGUCAGCUUGAGAUACAGAAUAACUUACAAGAAGUACAGUUAGAGGUGCAACAAAGGCUACAAACAAGGAUUGAAGCACAAGGAAAGUAUUUUCAAGCCAUAUUAUGCAAAGCACAAGAAGGCAUUUCUCUUGACAUGAGUUGCCCUAAAACUAAGAGAGAUAAAUUGAAGAUUAAGAAUGAAGCUGCACCAACUGAUUAUUGCUCCUUGCAAUUGAAUUUAAAUAAUGGUAGUUCUAGUAACCAUAGCUAUGAUUUUGGUGGUGGUCAUGGAACUGAGCUUGAUGCAAAAUUGCUUGCUUACACACAAUAACAACACUAAUUUAACGGCCCAUUUGGUAGGUGGUAUUAAACGGUGGUAAUGAGAAUGAAAAAUAGUGUAAUUUUGGUUGAUGAAUCUCUUGCUACCUUGAUGGCCAUGCUUGUCCAACUUCAAUCAUCUCAUCUUCUUCAUAAAUUUCAUUUUAAUGCAUUACCAUUCGGAGAGGUGUUAUUAUAUGGUAAUGAAAAUUUGUAAACAAAAAAACUUUUUUAUGAUCAAAGUUCCAUUACCAUGGGAAUAACAUGGAACUUUUGAUAAAAUUUUACACUAUAAAUCAUUUCUAUUACCACCAUUUAGUAUUACUAACCAAACGAAUCGUUAUAGAUUUAGCCUUUUAUUUUUUUUGUUAAUGAUGUAUAUGUCACUCUAAUUAAUCAUACAAGUGAUUUCAAACUAUUUUCUCACAUACAUAGAUAGUUUAAUUUGAAGAAUCGUUGUGAAGUCUAUGAGAUUGAUACCCGAGAGGGAUGAAUAGAGUUUGACUAUUUGUCGAGUAACUAAAUAUACUUAACAAUGUCAUGGACUUCAGAAUUCAAUUUUGUUUCAGUUGGAGCAAGUAUACUUUUUACUUGUAAAUUCUAGUGAUUGAUUCCCACCUAAACUUUCUUUCCCUUAGCCUACAAUAUAAUCAAUGAAGUAUUCAAAUAACUUCGGCAAAAGAAUAGUGAAGGGUAGAGGACAUGGUCAGGAGUAGAGGAGUUUAACGAGGUGGGUCGACCCAUAGGGUCAAGGGUCUUGUCACAUUUUUACGGGUCAGUAAUGGGCCUUGGUGUAAAAGGUCGAGCUGGUUCGGA